AUGAGGCGCGCGGCGCUCUGGCUGUGGCUCUGCGCGCUGGCGCUGCGCCUACAGCCGGCCCUCCCGCACAGUGUGGCCAUAAACAUGCCCCCCGAAGAUCAGGAUGGCUCUGGGGAUGACAAUGACAACUUCUCUGGCUCGGGCGCAGGCGCUCUGCCAGAUAUCACCUCGUCACAGACACCCUCCACCUGGAAGGACCUGGGGCCCAUGACGACCACAGCCACGGCUCCAGAGCCCACCAGCCCAGACGCCAUCGCCGCCUCCACCACCGUCCUGCCGACCAGAGAGCAGCCUGAGGGGGGUGGGCCGGUGCUCCUGGCAGAGGCGGAGCCUGGCCUCACCGCCCAGGAGAAGGAGGCCACCCACCCACCCAGCAAGACCACGCUGUACCCAACCACUCACAGGGUGUCCACAGUCAGAGCCACCACAGCCCCGGGACCUGCCACCUCCCAUCCCCACAGGGACGUGCAGCCCGAGCACCAUGAGACCUCAGCUCCCACAGGCCGGGGCCAUCUGGAGCCGCACACGCCCCACGUGGGGGAUGGAGGACCUCCUGCCACUGAGAAGGCAGCCGAGGGGGACCCCUCCACCCAGGUCCCAGUGGUAGAGGGCUCUGGGGAGCAGGACUUCACCUUUGACGUGUCUGGGGAGAACGCAGCUGGGGCCGCGGUGGAACCUGGCUCACGGAACGGGCCCCCGGGGGAUCCUGAGGCCACGGGGGCUACGGGGGCCUCGCAGGGCCUCCUGGACCGGAAGGAAGUGCUGGGAGGGGUCAUUGCUGGAGGCCUCGUGGGGCUCAUCUUUGCCGUGUGCUUGGUGGGUUUCAUGCUGUACCGGAUGAAGAAGAAGGACGAGGGCAGCUACUCCUUGGAGGAGCCAAAACAAGCCAACGGCGGGGCCUAUCAGAAGCCCACUAAGCAGGAGGAGUUCUACGCCUGA